AUGCGAAAUUGUGUACGUGGAAGUCAGAGAGAACGUGACCGUGAAAGAGCAGCUGCUCGUGCUGGAGGAAAAGGAAAGAACGGUGACGACGGACUUACACCGGAGCAACGCCGUGAAAGAGAUGGAAAAGCAUUGCAAGAGAAAGCGGCGAAGAAAGCUGCUCAAGCUGCAGGUGCAAGUUCUGGUGGAGGAGCAGCAGGAGGCAAAGGAGCUACUAAGAAGUGA